AUGACUGCCAGCACUGUCGUCCGCGCCUUUCUGCACAGAUGGGUGGCCCGUUUUGGGGCUCCAGCUGUCAUUACUACGGACCGAGGGCGACAGUUUACUUCGCGACUUUUUGCUGAUCUCUGCCGUUUUCUGGGAGCUCGCCACCAUCAAACCACAGCCUACCAUCCCUGCGCCAAUGGGAUCGUAGAGCGCCUCCACCGAACCCUCAAGAGCGCCCUCCGAGCCAAUCCUUCUGACCAGUGGGUAGAGCGAUUGCCCCUCAUCAUGCUGGGCAUACGGUCCGCCACCCGGUCUGACUUCCCGCUCUCCCCUGCCGACCUGGUCUUCGGUGCCCCACUGCGUCUGCCCGGGCAAUUCUUCGAUGCAGCCUGCCUCCAGCAGCCGGCCCCCGAUCCUCUCAACUUCGCCAUCCGCUUGCAGGCUUAUUGCACGGACUUACGGCUGCCUCCCACCCGCCCUUCGUCUCGACAAGUUUUUGUCCACCCUCAACUCGCCACAGCGACUCAUGUUUUCUUGCGCCAUGACGCCACGCGUAAGCCGCUGCAGCCCCCUUACGACGGCCCCUUCCUCGUCCACUCCCGCCAGGGCAAGACGUUAACCAUCCGCCUGCCCAACCGUCUGGAGGUUGUUUCAGUCGACCGUGUCAAGCCCGCUUUCCUCCUUCCUGACGACUCGAGCGACCCUCCGGCGCCGGAUUCGCACUGCCUGAGCGCGCCUCCUCCUCGUUCUCCUGCCCGCCGCGUCAGCUGGGCGUCUGGUCCACCAUCGGUCCGCACUGUUCCGCGGCGACCUCUGGUUCAGCGGGGGGGCCCCUGUAGCGGCCUCCGCCGACGAUGA